AUGCCCCGAGCGGGCUGCCCGGCGCGGAGCACGCUGGGAGUUGUAGUCCCGCCGGUGCACGGCCCCUUCUCCCCUCCGCACCGCGCUCCCACCGCUGCCGCCCUCGUUUGCCGGAGGGUGGCGGCGGCUGGGGCAGACCCUUCCCCGAGACGGCAGGUUCCCGUCGGCCAGCCCCGCUCGCCCAAGCCGGGCAUGCAGCGGCUGCUACGACGGCUUCUCCCCGCUGUCUCGCUACUACCGCCGGCGGUGGCGGCCGGCGCCCUCCAAGCCCGGCGGGCUGUGCCCGCCUUCCCGCGUCUCAUGGAGCUGAGGCCGGCGGUGGGACCGGGAGGGGACGAUGGCGGAGGGGACACCUUGCGUGCGGCCGGCGCGACUCCGCAGGACGUUGGGCUGGAGAAUGUGCAGCAAAAGAAAGACUUGGAAGAGAGUAAGAAAAGGAUGCAACAGAGGAAAGAGCCAUGUUCUGAAGUUUUGGUGGAACCUCUGAUGGCAGAAAUGCCAUUUGUCGACACAGAUAUUGAAGAGGAAUUUGUUAUGCAUGCAACCUCCGAAAUAAAUAUAAAGAAGAAAAGAGAGAGGAAUACUGAAAGGGAAAUUGAAGAAGACAGUAAGAAAAAGAAGAAAAAGAAUAAACAGUAUAAGCCGAAUUAUUUCAUUUCUCUUCCAAUUACUAAUCCAGAGAUUACUGCCAGUGUCCGGGCUGUCCAAGAUGCAGUAAUACAAAAGGAUCAAAGGCUUUCAGAAGCAAUGGUUCGCUCUGGCUCAUUGCAUGUCACCAUGUUAGUGAUGCAUUUAGCCAAUGAAAAAGAAAUUAGCAUAGCAGUAGGUGCUCUUUCAGACACCAAGGAUUUCGUAGAAGAUCUCCUGAAAGGAAAAACUGUGGAUUUGUCAUUUCAAGGAAUUGGUCACUUCAGGGAUGAAGUUGGAUUUGUGAAGCUGGUAGAAAAUGAUAAUACAACUAUACUUAAAGAAAUAGCAGAGACUAUGAAGAAGAUAUUUCAAGAAAAGGGCAUCAUGGCAGGAGAAGAAAGAGUUUUUAAACCACAUCUGACCUUCAUGAAGUUGUCAAAAUCCCCACAGCUACGUAAGCGGGUGAAAAAAAUUGACUCAAGGCUGUACGAAGAUUUUAAAAGUCAUUAUUUCGGAGAUGAAAUCUUGCACCGCCUAGAUCUUUGCUCCAUGUUGAAAAAAAAACAACCGAAUGGUUACUACUACUGUGAGUCCUCUGUUGUUGUUGGUGAAAAACGUGCAGCAGAGCCAGAUGAUGCAGAGCUGGUGAGCCUCAGCAAGAGGCUGGUGGAGAACGCGGUGCUCAAGGCUGUGCAGCAGUAUUUAGAAGAAACACAAAACAAAACCAGACAGACUGAUGGAAGCCCCUUGAAAACUGAAGAAGCAGUAAGUGGCAGUAAGAACGAGAACGACAAUGAUAAACACAAGUGAGCUCUGCGCAAAAAGCCCAGGAGCAAAUAUCCCACCAAGAGUGACCCCAAAACCGCGUCCCGGCUCCCUGCUGAAAUUUACUGAGUGGUGCUGGGUGACAGGCACUCUGCUUUGUGAGUCUCAUAUCAAAAGUUUGUUCAGAAUCAAAGGACACUGACUACUGGUUUAGUAAGUGCUUGCACUGCUGAAAUCUGUUGUCUGCUGGGAGGGAUGGACAGUGGAAAAAAGACAAGAAUUGUGAAGCAGGCAGCUCCAGUCUUCACUGGUUCUUGAUACCAAGAGUCCCUUCCGUGCUUUUGAAGAGAAUCUGAACCCUUUGCAUUUGCCUUUUGGAUUGUUGUGAAUGGCCGUGGAAGAGGCCUUGCCAUAAGUGGAAGCGAUGCCCUCAGCCUGAGGUUUUGGCACUGCUGCAGGGCUGCUCACUCCAUGCGAGAGCACAUGCUGUUUCCUAAUCAACAGCAGUCAACCUCAAGCUAAAAAUUGCCACUACAGAUAUUCAUCACAGAUACUAUUACACAGUAUGUAAUAUGGCAGGAGAGUCUCUUAAAUGCAACGCUGUACUGUUCUUUACAUUUUGGUAGCAUUUGUUGAUGUAAAUUAUAUUUUUUUGACAACAUACCUUUUUAUAAAAAAUAUGGGCAAAAAGGCUGAGCAAUUAAUACCAUCCAAACCAGAUAUGGUCUCUUUAUCUCCGUACAUCAGUGUUUCUAAAUAACAUUAGUUGCUAUAAAGUGUGUUAUAUUGUUCUUUUC